AUCCAAAAACUCAAAUCCAAACCAGCAAAAAAGCAAAACUAAAAAAACAUAUAGUUUCUUCGUUUUUGUCAAAAAAUAAAGAUAAUUUCUUCGUAAUGAGCUUCUCUGCAACGUCAUCAAUUGCCUUGGGCGGUGGAUCCCCUGAGGCUUCUGCUGCCAAAAUCACCUCAAAGCGUCCAAAAUAUUCAAGAUUUACACAACAGGAGCUUCCAGCAUGCAAACCAAUUCUUACUCCAAAAUGGGUGAUUCUGACCUUUCUUGUCUCCGGGGUUGUCUUUAUCCCUCUCGGAGCUAUUUGCCUGUUUGCCUCUCAGGGUGUCAUCGAAAUUGUUGAUCAAUAUGACAUAGACUGCAUUCCAUUAUCCUUUAGAGACAACAAAGUGAGGUACAUACAGGGCUUAGAAGAUAAGAGGUGUAACAGAACAAUAACGGUGACAAAAACUAUGAAGAAUCCUGUCUAUGUUUAUUACCAGCUUGAGAACUAUUACCAAAAUCAUCGACGGUAUGUGAAAAGUCGACAAGAUGGACAAUUGAGAAGUCCAAAAGAUGAAAACGAUGUGAAAUCAUGUGCGCCAGAAGAUACAGUAGGUGGUGAACCUAUUGUUCCUUGUGGUCUUGUUGCUUGGAGUUUGUUCAAUGAUACUUAUGAUUUCACUAGAAACAACCAGAAACUAUCUGUGAAUAAGAAAGACAUCUCAUGGAAAAGCGAUAGAGAUUCAAAGUUUGGUAAAAACGUCUUCCCCAAAAAUUUCCAGAAAGGAUUUCCCAUCGGCGGUAAAAGUCUUGAUCCAAAGAUUCCAUUGAGUGAGCAAGAAGACUUAAUAGUGUGGAUGAGAACUGCAGCUCUACCAAUAUUUAGAAAGCUGUAUGGUAAAAUAGACACUGAUCUUGAAGCUGGAGAUACCAUAAAGGUGUUGUUGCAGAACAAUUACAACACUUAUAGUUUCAAUGGAAAGAAAAAGCUUGUGCUGUCUACCACUAGCUGGCUUGGUGGAAGGAAUGAUUUCCUUGGGAUUGCUUACUUAACUGUUGGUAGCAUAUGCUUGUCCUUGGCUGUCUUCUUCUCCGUCUUGUAUCUAGCAAAGCCAAGGCAACUGGGAGAUCCAUCUUACUUGUCAUGGAACAGGAGUGCUGGAGGUGGACGAUGAUAGAGUUGUUUUGUUUGCUUGGUAUCUCUGUCACAUACUUUCCAGCAAUAUUCUUAUUUGUUUGUUUGUGUUUGAAUACAAAACUGAACACACUAUUCAACUAUUCAAGAUUACACCAAAUCUUAAGGGAGACAGGUCUUUUUUGUCAAC